CUUGUUUCGACUUUCGAGCGCAUCUUUAAAAGCGUCCAGGCAGCAUCAGGUCCUGUCCUUAGCAAUGUUUUCCUCGUCGCAUUCGUGAUAGAUCAUCGAGCCGGCACACUCGACGUCAUGUCUGGUACUAUGGGUUGGGCGAUGCGCCAGUGGUUGAAGCGAGAGACUGAAGAUGCGGAUCCAGACGAGACGGGCGCGGGCCAGAAGGAAAUCUUCGCCUCUUGGUCGCUGUUCAUCCUCAUCGGCUUGCUCAUCAUCGCGCUCUUCACCAGUUAUGUGCUGCAGACGCGCCGCAUCCAGGCGGUCCACGAAACCGUCAUUUCGAUCUUCGCCGGGAUGGUCGUCGGGCUGAUCCUCCGAUUGACCGCCGUGCAAUCCGUCCUCGGGGCCGUGAGCUUCGACUACCAGUUCUUCUUCAACCUCCUCCUCCCACCGAUCAUCCUCGCGUCCGGCUAUGAGCUGCACCAGGGGAACUUCUUCCGCAACAUCGGCACCAUCCUCACCUUCGCGUUCGCCGGAACCUUCAUCUCCGCCAUGGUGCUCGGCGUCAUCCUAUGGCUGUGGACCCGCAUCGGCCUCGACGGCAUGGACGUCACCUUCGUCGAGACCAUGUCCGUCGGCGCAACCCUGUCCGCCACCGACCCCGUCACCAUCCUCGCCAUCUUCAACACGUAUAAGGUCGAUCCGAAGCUGUACACCGUCAUCUUCGGCGAGUCGAUCCUCAACGACGCCAUCGCCAUCGUGCUGUUCGAGACGGCGCAGAAAUACAAGGAGGGCGCGCAAGGGGGGAAGCUGACGGUGUUCAGUCUUUUCGAGAGUAUCGGGGUAUUCUUGCUCGUGUUCUUUGGCAGCUUGGUCAUCGGGCUAGUGGUGGGCAUGAUGACCUCCUUGAUGCUGAAGUUCACCAUGGUCAGGCGGUUCCCAAAGAUCGAGAGCUGUCUGGUUAUAUUGGUGGCAUAUGCGAGUUACUUCCUCUCAAAUGCCAUCCACAUGUCUGGAAUUGUGUCGCUCUUAUUCUGCGGCAUUUGUAUGAAACAUUACGCAUACCACAACAUGUCACGGCGAACGCAACUUACGACGAAAUUCAUUUUCCAAGUCAUGGCCCAGUUAUCCGAGAACUUUAUCUUUAUCUACCUAGGAUUGUCGCUGUUCACCGAAACCACGCUGGAAUACAAACCGAUGUUCAUCCUGGUCACCGUGGUCGGCAUCUGCGUCGCGCGAUGGUGCUCCGUCUUCCCCCUUUCCAAAGCCAUCAACUGGUUCCUCCGAUACCGUGCCCGACGACAAGGCCGCGAAGACACGGCUGAUGAACUCCCCUUUGCAUACCAGGCCAUGCUCUUCUGGGCCGGUUUACGUGGAGCCGUCGGCGUCGCUCUGGCAGCGGGUCUGACCGGCCCGAACGGAACCGUCCUCCGGGCCACCGUCCUCGUCGUGGUCGUCCUGACCGUGAUCAUCUUCGGCGGUACGACGGCGCGCAUGCUCGAGAUCCUCGGCAUCCGCACCGGCGUCGUCGAGGAAAUCGACUCCGACGACGAAUUCGACAUCGAGGUCGUCACUGGUGGCACCUACUCCCGCCGCCAAGGCGCCGGCUUCGGCCACACCCCCCGCGCCUCCAACGCCACCAACGGCUUCCCCCUCUCCCCCGUCGACGCCCGCGAACCCCUCCGCCGCAACGACUCCUACAGCAGCGGGCACAUCAACGGCAACCGCCGCGUCCCCGCGUCCCACUCCGACGGCAUGCGCCGCAGCUCCCCCCGGAACCUCCGCACCCAGGAUAGCGCCGAGCAAGCCCUCCUCAGCCCCGGCGACAGCGGCAGCAACGACGACGAUGACGACGCCGACGGCCUCGACCUGCCACCGACCGUGCGCCGCUCCCCACUGCGGAAUGUCUCGCCCCUUCGCUCCUCCCCCGACGACCAUGACGCGGCGUACCCCACGUCCGGCGCGCGCGAGCACGCGGAGGGACAUUUCGAAUCGGCGGCGCAGCGGGUGGCGAGCGCAACGGGGGCGAUGGGAAGGUUUGUGAGCGGGUUGUCGGAGGAUCCGGCGGCGGCGUUUCGGCAGAUUGAUGAGGGGUUUAUUAAGCCGCAUUUGUUGCUGGAUCCGGGGAAGGGGGGCGGGCCGUCGGGCGGGUCGCCGGUGUGAGGAUUUUCUUUUCUUUACUGUUUGCAUGACGAGCGAUGGGGCUCGGGGCGCAUUGGGUGGUAUAGACGCAUGGCGUUCGGGUUUGGGUUGGACGUACGGUUUGGAUGAAUGUACUGUACCGUAUCUGCAAGUACAUAGUUUAGAUGGCGAUGCAGCGCUGCGUGAGAAGCUUAUAAUGCGCUGUAUGAUCACUAUAGGCUAUGUAAAUACCAUCUGCGAUC